GUUCUGGCAUUACUUUCUCAAAUUUCACACGUAAAAAUAAUACUUCACCAAUUGCUGAAGUUUAUCUUUCCAAAAUAUAUCGUCACCAAAAUGAAAAGCCUUCUUUUCAUGGCUAUGGCUAUCACAGCCAUUUCUCAGUGUUGCGCURUGGAGAAAAACGUGCAAGAGCAAGUUUCCAGGAGUCGCACAGGUUUUGAACGCUGUAUAAACAUUAAAAUCAAACACCUUCAUGUCGACAGCAAAGUGUGUGUUGUCAUCAGUUUUUCGAUAGCCGAAGUUGGUAUUGAAGUAAAAAUAACAUGGAAUGGAAUAACUAUCUUCAGCACWAAAAUAUCAGCUAAAGAUCCGCCAUCUUUGUGCUUCAAGUUGCCUAUCGUAGAAGUUGGCAAGGCCUGCCUUCAGCUAACCGACGUCUCUUUCAAACCACAUCACCACGGCGCAUGCCUAUCGUUGAAAUUACAARUUUUGACGUUUAAAAAGACAUAUAAACUUGGAUGCAUCUAUAGAGCUUUGAAUACUGGGGCCGAGUUGAAAGGAGACUGGUCCGAAGCUCGUUUAGAUGGGAAAUCUAAGAUCAGUAUAUCACGUGGUAUGCGAGCAACGACUAUUGAUGAUGAGCCCGCAGGCAAAUGUGUCUGCGCUAAGGCUCGUAGGUGCAUGUGCUGUAGCACUAUUYUAAAGAAUACAACCAAAGUUUGUGGACGAAGUCUUUUAUCCAAGAAGGGAAAGCGUUUUUGGCUCGACUUGUUCGUGAACAAUAACAAGAACUUUAGAGUGAUCACACCAGUUGCUCUUCGUUUUUCGAUGGUUUGUGGCGAUGCACAAGUCAACAAGACAAAYUCGUCUAUCUGCCUYCAACUGAACAAAAUGGAGCAAUCAGCACAGCAGCUGACCGGUUGUAUCACGGCUCAUAUCAUUGUUAAAACAACUCAUUUACAUCAAGAACUCGGUUGUUUCUCGAUGAAACAUCAGAAACCAUGCAAUAAAGACAGUGGCAGUUUGCUGAAGUUCUCGCCGCAAAUUCACAAAUUGCUUUUUAAAAAAUAACUUAUUUGUGACUUUUACUGUGACUAAAAAAAUAACUUAUUUGUGACUUUUACUGUGACUAAAAAAUAACUUAUUUGUGACUUUUACUGUGACU